CAGAGGGGGGGCACGUGAUUGUAUCCUGUUAACCUGCUCGUCCCUAUCAUUCUUUAUUUAGAUUAGCAUAUUCUUACUCACCCGCCCCCCACACUGAUAUAAACCCCCCAUUUGUAUAGACCGUACGCGUGGCGCUCAACAUCAACAACGAGGAGAAACUCUUGUUUAUACAAGUAAUGAACGAUACAAAGUGUAUCGACUGGCUGAUGGAACAAGUUGCCCAAAAAGCGUGGGAGUCUUACGGCUACGAGGUAAAUACUUUUGGUGGAGGAGGAGAGGGGCACUCACUUUGACAAGUUCGCUGAUGCAAUAUAUAAAAGCCGGAUAUUUUCGCGUUGGAGACGGAAGCUUCUGGAAUGCUACUCUCUCAAGAAUUGGUCGUUGUGGCUAUCCAAGGAAAUUAUGAACGCGUUUUUGCUCAUUAUGAUGGGUUUCGUGAGAAGACACCUUUGGAAUUGUAUCAGAAUGCCUGCAUGCGUAUGCAUGUGCCUGUACGUCGUAGCGUAGAGCUGGCGCUUGAAAACAACAAUGACAAAAGUGGUGACGAACAACUCGUAUUAGCGGAUGCAUGCCUUGUAUCGCGUGACAUUCCUGUAAUAUGUGAUCUUUUAAGACAUAUUAAACCGGUGACCAAGUUGGAUCUCUCUGGCAAUGUUUUAUAUGACCAUGACAUUGCUGAUGUGUUCCGGCAUAUCCAAGAUUUACACCAUGUCGAUCUCAGCAGCAAUCGACUCACCAGUCAAACCAUUGCAAGGUUUGUGCGCUAUCCGAGUCUUCGUUCACUCUCCAUCAGCUUUAACCCUCUUGGAUGCGAUACGCUGGGCCUGUUACCAGAACUCUUAAACCAAUGCCCGCAACUUGCAUCGCUCGACCUCGAAUCAUGCGACAUUCGCAACUAUACCCUUCCAGAUCCGACGCGUCAUGCAUAUCAACAUCUUGGCCAUCGCCUUGAUCACCUCAAUUUGAGCUACAACCCAUCCAGUGACGAUAGUGCUUCUUUGGAACAAUGGAAAUCACUGGUCCAAAAUCUAGUCAAAGACAAUGGUAGUAAUGGCCAGCAAAUUUUAAACUGUAAAUAAUAACUGUAAACAUAAAGAGUCGUCAUUGUACAUAUAAACAUCACGCAAAGAAGUACAUGGAACCAAGGCCCCCGGGGGGGUAUGGCCAUAAAAUUUUUGUGAGUGAUGGCUUCCAAAAAGCAGGGCAUUGUUUUUUUUUUGAGCUAUUACCCAUGUCUAGGUCUAAAUACUUUGUAAGGGAUGCUGGGAAAGAGUG